AUGUCUCACGUGUCGUUAGCUCUCUUGGCCUGCAUUCUGUCAGCAUCAUGCACUGUACUGCUUGGUUAUCCACUGCACGCCUCCUGCAGGACAGCUCUCACAUUUGGAAUGUCAUGUGAUCAAGUCAGAGCUAAGCUUGUGAGUCAAAUCAAUCUUUGGAAAGGUCGAGACGGAUGUAAGAUCAAUACACCGGAACUUAAUGAGAAAUGUCUGUACGUGCUGGUAUCAAAUGAUGGCAACGUUCUGAAGGCUACCCAUGAAACCCCUCUCCAUCCGUACAUCGAUGACAUCAGCUUUACCUUCACGGCCAACGGUAACGGGUGUAAUGUCGCCGGAUAUUCUCGAUCAGAGACCUGGUAUGCUUACCUCGACUUCGGAACUAACUACUGCAACAUGAACAACCUCAUCACAGGUUCUGGACUUAGCACUGCCGUUGGAUACAAGGAGACCACGUCUGAUGAUAUCUGUACCCAAUACUCAUCAGCUAACUGUACUCGAUACUAG